UAUAUAUGCUCAUUUAGUAUUGUGAUUGUUUCUCUUUAGGUUGGUGUAUAUUUCUAUGACAACGGUCAUGGGGUGUUAGAAGACAAUGACAUCUACAAUCACAUGUACUCGGGUGUACAAAUAAGGACGGGGAGCAACCCAAAGAUCAGGCGCAACAAGAUAUGGGGAGGCCAGAAUGGAGGGAUUUUAGUCUACAACUCAGGUCUGGGCUUCAUUGAGGACAACGAGAUCUUCGACAAUGCCAUGGCUGGGGUGUGGAUCAAGACAGACAGCAACCCCACACUGAGAAGAAAUAAGAUUCAUGAUGGUAGAGAUGGAGGAAUCUGCAUCUUCAAUGGAGGCAGAG